ACCGAAAGCCCAUGUGUCAAAACGUUACCACCAACCCAGCACCCCCCUGCAAUCCCGAUGGAUCCAUACCCCCUCCCCAUGAAUCAAUCCCUCCGCUCAUUGGCGAGGGGACCUGCAAACCACCAUCAUGUCUGUCCUGCAGCACAAGGUGCCGUAUGUACAUUCGACGUCGUACAUACUCCGUACUCCGAUGCUGUCUCCUAAUCUUUGCUCUCAUAUCUCCUUUCCCCUUUGUCCUUUUCGUCUCUGUCUCCGUCCAAGUACAUCAUCGACAUACCCGCAUCUAAUCCCCCCUCGCCGCCCUAUCACAUAUUCAAUCCCCCCUUGCCCAGCCCUUCAACUCCCCCGUCUCCCGCCUGGUCCCCUCGCUUCCAACCAAUCCAUCUCGGAUCUUGGCCUCUCCACUGGCCCCGCCGCCCAAGCACGGCCGCUAGACGCCCUACACUCGCCAACCAGCCUUACCCAUUCUCCAGACCGGGUCUCGUCUAGUUUCUGGCUAGGUGCUUCAUAUUCGUGUACUCGGAUCGAUAUGGAACGAAUCGCGUGUAGCAAUGCGACAAGUGUCUUUCGGUGCCGCCCCUACCGCCGUAGAGCGAGCCCUGUGUCACUCCCUCCGAUCCUCCCUCCCCGCCCCGUCCCCGAUCGGCAGAGGUUUCGGGCUCCCUCCCGUGCGGAGUCCGGAUGCGGCAGGCUCUCAACCUCAAAAUCACCUGGAACGUUGACGCCGCUCUCAACUAUUGACGAGGCGAAGACAUUACAUCAUUCGGCGACCAAUGCUUCGGCGACCCGAAUCCAUCGCGUCAUCGAUCGCUCAUCCUCUCCGCCUUGUGUUGUCAAGGUUUCGUCCCCGGUCUCGCCGGCUGUCUCCUCAACCUCUGCCUCGACCACAUGGCUCGUCCGGCCUUGUCAUUGGCCGCCCGAGCCACCUCCGGCCAUUGCGACGCACGCUCGCCCAUACCAUCGGGAAAACUCCUGUCAAGCCUAUGACAACCAUGUUUUUAACCGGAAUGCUUACCUGUAACUCGAGUAAGUAAAUGCCAGGGUAGGUAGGCAAUCUCAAAGAUGCCAAAGACGCCCGUAUUGAUACCCCUGCAACUCCAAAUACUCCCUCGCCAAUACAUGGAGGGGUGGUGUGUCUCAGCAAUCCCUUCUUGUCAUUUUUUAUCUACCUUUUUAUUGUAGAACAUAACGUGCAGAUCGUGAACUGGCAAACUCCUUAGUAUUC